AAGUUUCCUAACAUCCAUAUAGAUAUGUCCUUCCAUCUCUUUGCUCUGAUCUGCUGACAAGUACAUAUCCCGGCAGCUCCCAAAUCCACAAGAUGUCAAAUAACCCAUGUGCCAGGUAACAUUCCAUGCAUGCCUUGCCUGUCAACUGGCAGGUCUUGCAGAGUGACUCUGGACAGAAAGGAAGACUCCUUAUCCCAGCCAUGGCUGCACCAAGGAAAGGUUUAAGCGCCUCCCCUCCCGAUGGUGGCUGGGGGUGGAUGAUUGUGAUCGGCUGCUUCCUUGUUACUAUCUGCACGAGAGCUGUAACAAGGUGCAUCUCAAUUUUUUUUGUGGAGUUCCAGACUUACUUUGCUCAAGAUUAUGCCCGGACAGCUUGGAUCCAUUCCAUAGUAGACUGUGCUACAAUGUUUUGUGCUCCACUGGGGAGUUUCAUCAGCAAUCACCUCUCCUGCCAAGUGGGCAUCAUUCUGGGAGGACUUCUUGCAUCUGCUGGACUUAUCCUGAGCUCCUUUGCCACAAGCCUAGAGCAUCUUUACCUUUCCUUAGGAAUUCUUACAGGCCUGGGAUUUGCACUUUCUUAUUCACCAGCCAUAGCCAUGGUGGGCAACUAUUUCAACAAGAGGAAAGCCCUGGCUUAUGGGAUGGCCAUGUCGGGCAGCGGCAUUGGCACCUUCAUCCUGGCCCCGGUGGUCCAGCUCCUAAUUGAACAGUUUUCCUGGCGGGGAGCCUUGCUCAUCCUGGGAGGUUUCGUUUUAAACCUCUGCGUCUGCGGUGCCUUGAUGAGACCGGUUGCGGGCAAAGAGGACCGCAAGAGCGUGCCCGACUUCCCAGAGCAGGAGUUUGGGCCGGAAGCACAAAAGCAGGACUUGACGCAGUGGUCAGUCUGCUCCCCUCUGAUCAAAGUCUGGUCCCACAAAUACCUGUGCCAGUGCUCGUGGCAGGAGUACCACUUUCUGCUGAUGCCGGACUUCGUGGUGCUCGCGGUGUCUGUCUUGUUCAUGGCUUACGGCUGCAGCCCCCUCUUCGUUUACCUGGUGCCUUAUGCCUUAAGGGUCGGGAUGAGUCAUCAGCAGGCGGCCUUCCUCAUGUCCAUCCUUGGGGUCGUCGACAUCAUCGGCAACAUCACUUUUGGAUGGCUGACAGAUAGACGGUGUCUGAAAAAGUAUCGUUAUGUUUGCUACUUCUUUGCGGUGGGGAUGGAUGGCCUGUGCUGCCUUUUCCUUCCGGUGCUCCAGAGCUUUCCGCUCCUUGUGCCUUUCUCCUUCACCUUCGGGUAUUUUGAUGGAGCCUACAUCACGCUUCUCCCAGUGGUCACCGCGGACGUGGUGGGCACGGCCUCCUUGUCAUCCGCCCUUGGGGUGGUGUACUUCCUUCAUGCAAUACCCUACCUAAUCAGCCCACCUGUUGCAGGUUGGCUUGUGGACACAACUGGCAACUACAUGGCCUCGUUUCUGCUGUGUGGGUUUUCCAUGAUAUUCAGCUCGAUGCUACUGUGUUGCGCAAGACUAGCCAAGAAGGCGAAACGGACUCCCUUGAGGCCUGGGGCCAAGCAACCAAGCUGGACAAAUGGAGCCAUUGUCUAUUCUGUAACUAGAGAAUUAGAUCCCAGAGGUGUGGAGCUGCUGGCCAGUGAGGCAAACAGUUAUAGCAAAAGAUGACAACGUGCUUGAAAGGGCCCUCCCCCUCUCCUUAGCGUACCCAAUAACCUUUUGCUAAGAUAGAUUUUUGUUAAGUCUUGCUACACUAUUUGAAGAUGUUCCUCCCCACUGGAAGAAAGGAGAGAAGGAAUGCUCCUUUGCAUGGGACUUUUGUUUUCUGUCCUUUCAGCAGGUAAAAAGCCUGUGCCCUAAUGAGGGUAGCAGAGAAGGAGGAAGUUCUUCUCUGAGGAUGUAGUUAAGAUAGAUUCUAACGCAGUGCCGGGGAGGUUGAGGGUGGCCCUGUAUGCACAAAGAAGGCAAACUAGACAUUCAAAUAGAUGAUAAAACUGUGUGUAAAACAAUGUUGACACAGUAAAAAGCUUUUUAAUUUUG